GGAGAUAAGAGGAGGAAAACUCAAGGUUCAACGUGAGCAGCAGGCGUGCCACCAUCACAGCUGUCACCACACGUUCUGUUGAAGGCCGCUGUGGAAGACGCACAGAUGCAUGGAAGGAUGCACAAACUGCUGUACCAGGCUUUGUUACUGUUUCUAUUAUGCUUCCAUUGUGGUGCUAAUGAUUUUUUUCGUAAAUGGCAUUUCCAAAGCCAUACAUACUCAGAAAUAAAGGAUACAGUAAAUUCUAAACAUGCAAGCAAUUGUGUACAUCUGCAAACAGAGACAAGUAAUAAACAAACACAAGCAGAAUUAACAGUUUUGGGAAACCAUGAGUCUUGGUCUAGCAUUCCAACAAUUCAGACCAAUGAAGCCCAAAACAGUUAUGGCACAAAACAUAAUAGAGACUUAUUAUACAUAGAUAAGAAAAAAAUGUAUCCAAGGAAGAAAAUGGAUGAUUUUUCUUCUAAAAUCUCAAAUUCAGUACUGUAUGGUGAUACAAACAAAUUGAAAUUAUUCAAGGAAUCAUCACUAGAAACACUUGUAGAUUUUGCAAUAGAUAUGCUUAAUCAGGAGAUAAAAAGAGAGGGAAAUAGUAAAAUAAAAAUACCUGACAUCAAUGAAACAUUUCAUGAACAGGUUGGUCCUUUGAAAGUUAAAGGAGAAUUCAGUGCCAGAAAGGGUUGGUUCCACUCAUUGUCUUCCUUAUACCGCACAGAUCAAAUCUAUGUAUCACGAGGAGGAAAUGUUCUUACUGUGCUUAUUAGUGUUGGUUUAAAGGAAAUGAUCAUUGAUUAUGACGACUACAAGUUUAAGUUUAUGGAAGUCGGUCCUACAGGGAAAAUUGAAGCUCAAGUUGUAAAUAACUCCAUUGAAAUGAUUUUAACUGUUGAUAUUAGUGGUUCAAGUUGCAAAAUAAAACUCUCUGAUAUCAAAAUUACAACAUUCAGUGGCCUCAAAAUGCAUGUAACUGGUCUUGGCAGAUUAAGUUUUUUCGUAUCUAAAGUAACAACAUGGAUUAUUGAACUAUUUCAUGAAGAAAUUAAAGAAAAAGCUGAAAGAAUACUGGCAAGAGCUUUGGAAGGUGUUCUGGAUAAUAUAAAAUGUUAAAGUUGUGAAAUUUCAAGGUUUUUGUUUUCCAUACAUGUUAUCACAGAAUUUCUUUGACAAUAAAAUUUUAAAGCAUGGAGUACAUUUCCUGUUAA